UUAAAACCCAGAGCAGACUAAUAAUUAUUAUUGUCGUAUUUCCCAUAAUCUAAUUUAGCGUCCGUAAAAGAUAUGUCCCUGCUGUUAACGACGGUGUAACAACGCAGCAGAGUUUUGGCUUUUUCUCGAAAGGAUUACAAUUUGUCCCGCCCACUCAGAUAUUCAGUGCAAUGUUGCUACAGUAGCAGCCUAUGCCCCUGAUACCUGAUGCUGCAGUGUCACGGAUCACUGUGUCUAUUAUCUUGAUAUAAAAACAAGUCAGUGGCUGAUAUCAGUUGACUCGAUAAGCGUAAUAUUUUGGUUAUAGUAGGCUGUAUCUUGAAACGUGCACACUGCCAUUCAAAGUGUGAAGAGCAUGGUCGGGAUCACGGGCGCUUUGCAAUACAGUGGUGAGAAGAAGAACCCUGCCAUGCCCGGCUCUCCUGUGGAUGUUAAGACUCAUUCCAGACCAGUCCCCAGACCAGUCCCCAGACCAGUGCCCAGCAGCAGCAGCGCCACCAUGCCGCCCCUGCCCUCCGUGAACCCCAGCGGACCCCGGCCAGCCUCCUUCUCCUCCACCACUCUGACCAAUGGAAUCCACCACUCCCCGCCCACCCUAAAUGCUGUGCCCUCGCCGCCCCAGCGCUACAGCAAUGGGCCUAGCUCCUCAUCUUCCUCCUCGCUGGCCAAUCAGCAGCUCCCGGCCACAUGCGGCGCCCGACAGCUCAGCAAGCUCAAACGCUUCCUGACGACGCUGCAGCAGUUCGGCAAUGACAUCUCGCCCGAGAUCGGAGAGAGUGUCCGCAACCUGGUGCUGGCCCUCGUGAAUUCAACAGUCACCAUCGAGGAGUUCCACUCAAGGCUCCAGGAGGCCACCAACUUUCCCCUGAGGCCCUUCGUCAUUCCCUUCCUCAAGGCCAACCUGCCCCUGCUGCAGAGAGAGUUGCUCCACUGUGCGCGUGCGGCCAAGCAGACCCCAGCCCAGUACCUAUCCCAACACGAGCACCUCCUACUCAGCACUACUCUGGCCUCGCCCCCCGACUCCUCGGAACUGCUACUGGAGCCCAGCGAGAGAGAGAGAAACCCGACAGUUAAGAGACACAGUCCUAACAGGGGAAAAGAGAACGGCUUCCACGAGCGCUUCCCCGCCCUGGAGCCCCCAGCUAAGCGCAUCUGCACCAUCAGCCCGGCGCCCCGCCAUAGCCCGGCCAACCCCCUGCCCCUCAGCGCUCAGCUGCACCCCACGCCGCCCCCUCUGCAGCACUAUGCCCUUGAGGACAUCAGCGCCCCCCAUCUGCUGCACCGGGAGAGCAGCCACCGGAUACUGGAGCUCCGCGAGCUCAAGGACAGGCCUAGACUACCUGGCACUAACGGGGGCUACCGCGAGGAGCCCGUGGACCACAGGCUGACAGACAGAGAGUGGGCCGAUGAGUGGAGGCAUCUGGAUCAUGUGUUGAACUGCAUUGUGGAGAUGGUGGAGAAGACGCGUCGGUCGGUGGCUGUGCUGCGGCGCUGUCAGGAGUCGGACCGCGAGGAGCUCAACUACUGGCGGCGACGCUCCAGCGAGCAGGAAGAACCCCGCAAGGGAGGGGCCGCCACCGUGCCCACCCCCUUCUCCAAGACCCACAGCCCCCACACAGCAGCCAUUCCCGCCCCCUUCUUCAAGACCCACAGCCCCCACACAGCAGCAAUUCCCGCCCCCUUCUCCAAGACCCACAGCCCCCACACAACCGAGGGACUCAGCAGUGAAUCCCAGAGAGACUUUGCGCCGCGACCAGGCUCAGGCUACGUGCCUGAUGAGAUCUGGAGAAAAGCUGAGGAGGCGGUGAACGAGGUGAAGCGUCAGGCCAUGGACGAGGUCCAGAAAGCAGUGGCCGAGGCAGAGCACAAGGCCUUUGAGAUGAUCACGUCCGAGCGGGCCAAGAUGGAGAAGACACUGUCCGAGGCCAAGAGGAAGGCCACGGAGGACGCCAUCCAGGUCAUCAAUGAGCAGGAGGACUCAAGUGAGUGUUGCUGGAAUUGUGGUCGCAAGGCCAGCGAGACGUGCAGUGGCUGCAAUGCGGCGCGCUACUGCGGCUCCUUCUGCCAGCACAAGGACUGGGAGCGCCACCACCUCAUCUGCAGCCCCGGCCUGCAGACCCAGCCCAAGCCCGUGUCCGCCAUCACAGCUGCCAGGGCCGCUGUUACCGCAGGAGCCAAGGCCCCCGAGAGCGUCCCAACAACUGCCAGCCCCGGGGGGGAGAAGGGGUCGGUCGCCUGUCCUUCCUCCACCCCAUCCACUCCCACAUUAAUGCUAGAGACCAACGGGCAGUAAAAGCCAGGACUAGGACCAGUGAUACUGGUCCUCAAGAUGGCCUCCAUUCCCAUUUUCCUUCCAUUCUGUUGUUCCUGACUGUUAAAAUGGACACCAGGACCUUAUGCCCCAAAAUGGCUUCCUUUCUUUGUUUCCCUUUCCUCUUGAACUGCGACGGUGAAAGGUGCUGGUUUCCAUUGUUCCAUCAUUUGGCUGUCACCCGUCGGGUAUCUUUAGGUUAGCGUUUGUCUCUUCAGGUUCUAAAGGUAUCUAGGUUAGCAGUUGGCUAUUUAGAUUCUAAAGGUAUCUUUAGGUUAGCGUUUGUCUCUUCAGGUUCUAAAGGUAUCUAGGUUAGCAGUUGGCUAUUUAGGUUCUAAAGGUAUCUUUAGGUUAGCGUUUGUCUCUUCAGGUUCUAAAGGUAUCUAGGUUAGCAGUUGGCUAUUUAGAUUCUAAAGGUAUCUUUAGGUUAGCGUUUGUCUCUUCAGGUUCUAACGGUAUCUAGGUUAGCAGUUGGCUAUUUAGGUUCUAAAGGUGUCUUUAGGUUAGCGUUUGUCUCUUCAGGUUCUAAAGGUAUCUAGGUUAGCAGUUGGCUAUUUAGGUUCUAAAGGUAUCUUUAGGUUAGCGUUUGUCUCUUCAGGUUCUAACGGUAUCUAGGUUAGCAGUUGGCUAUUUAGGUUCUAAAGGUAUCUUUAAGUUAGCGGUUGCGAGGGAGAGGAGACAAGGGAAGAAAGCUGUUUUUAAGACAUGACCCUCAGCUCUGGACACCAACCUUAAUUUAGCCAAGGAAGUGACAUCAUGGACAGGAAGUUAUGUCACAGACAUUGAGUGAGCGGAGGAGGAAAUGAGGUCACUGAUGUCACCAGUCAUGUUACACAGAAAGAGAACAGAUUGCUUUGGUGAUGGUGGGCAGAAGACAGACUCAUCUGCUUUGGGACUUGGAGGAUCCAUCUUCAACAGUUGGACAAACAGACAAUCUACCUGACAGAUGGACACUUGUUUCGCUUCAUCCAAAAUCUCAAUCCCCAGUAGGGUUGAGACAACUGAGGACGAACUUCAAUCCCCAGAUUUUAUUUAAGGGGACAGUGGGGGGGUAUGAGUUUUGGAAUGGUCUUUUAUACCCACGAGGGUGAGUGAUGAUCGAAGUACUCACUGCAUAUUUCCUAGUUUACCAUUGUGUAUAUAAAGAUAAGAGAAAAGAGGGUUAUUGUCGGUAUACAGUGUAAUAAACAGUACCAGAUCUACAGAAAAGAGGGUUAUUGUCGGUAUACAGUGUAAUAAACAGUACCAGAUCUACAGAAAAGAGGGUUAUGGGUCGGUGUUGACAGUGUAAUAAACAGUACCAGAUCUACAGAAAAGAGGGUUAUGGGUCGGUGUUGACAGUGUAAUAAACAGUACCAGAUCUACAGAAAAGAGGGUUAUGGGUCGGUAUACAGUGUAAUAAACAGUACCAGAUCUACAGAAAAGAGGGUUAUGGGUCGGUAUACAGUGUAAUAAACAGUACCAGAUCUACAGAAAAGAGGGUUAUGGGUCGGUGUUGACAGUGUAAUAAACAGUACCAGAUCUACAGAAAAGAGGGUUAUGGGUCGGUGUUGACAGUGUAAUAAACAGUACCAGAUCUACAGAAAAGAGGGUUAUGGGUCGGUAUACAGUGUAAUAAACAGUACCAGAUCUACAGAAAAGAGGGUUAUGGGUCGGUGUUGACAGUGUAAUAAACAGUACCAGAUCUACAGAAAAGAGGGUUAUGGGUCGGUGUUGACAGUGUAAUAAACAGUACCAGAUCUACAGAAAAGAGGGUUAUUGUCGGUAUACAGUGUAAUAAACAGUACCAGCUCUAGAGCAUCUCACGUCUGGAAAUACAUUUUGGAGGUGACAUGAUCGCGAAGUCACCGCUACAAUCCUGUUUGUAUGUACAGUAUAGCUGUCCUACUUUUCUUGCUAUUCGUCAAAAGUUAUUAGUCAGGUUCCUCUUUUGAGUGUGUACAGUUGAAGUCGGAAGUUUACAUACACCUUGGCCAAAUACAUUUAAACUCAGUUUUUCACAAUUCCUGACAUUUAAUCACAAUAAAAAUUCCCUGUCUUAGGUCAGGUAGGAUCACCACUU